AUGCUUUCUAAUUCAGUGAUUCAUGGUAGAAACAAGGCAUCCCUUUGGUGGAAGGACUUAUGCUCGGUUGGUGCUUGUGGGAACAAUCCGUUGGAAAAUUGGUUUACUUCUUCCAUUUUCUGUAAAUUAGGUAAUGGAGAUGGCACCGAUUUUUGGCUUGAUAGGUGGAAGGGUCCCUCUCCUCUUGCUGAGCGUUUUCCCUCUCUUUUUCGGUUUGCUGAGCCUUCUGGUGCUUUGAUUAGUGACAAUGUUACUCCAACGGUGGGUGUGCUGGAUUCAUAUGUUUGGUGGAAGACAUCUUUGGGUUUUUCCGUUAAAGCGGCGUAUGAUUUGAUUUUGGAGGGGAGUUAUCGGGGUCCUCGUGUUGAGGUUGACAUCAUAAGGGCCCUAAACCGGAUGUGGAAGACUAAGAUAUCAAGCAAGAUCUUGAUUUUCGGGUGGAGACUUAUUUUGAAUAAGAUUCCAACCAAGACGGCUUUGGCGAGACGCCAUAUUUUGACGGAUCCGAAUCUUUUGGUUUGCCCUUUUUGUGGAGUGGAGGACGAAGACACGAAUCAUCUCUUUGUUUUUUGUCCCGUCACUUCGGAUUGGUGGAGUAAGUUUUGUGAUUGGCUCCGGCUUGAUUCAUCUUCUUUUCCGGGUAAUUUUUUUCUUCGCUUUAAAGCUUUGGAUUUAGCUUGUAAGGUGAGAUUUGUGGUAGAUACUAGUUGGGUAUUUGGGUUGGCUUUUUGUUGGGGUGUUUGGUGUUGUAGGAAUGAGGUCAUCUUCAAUGAGGGUAAUAUUCUUAAUUUUGAUACUAUUGGGAUGAUUAAAUAUGUUGCUUGGGAAUGGCUUCUUUCUUGCUAUAAUGUAGGAGAUACUAUGGUUUGGUCGGAUUGGUAUGCGAAUCCGGGUACGUGUAUUGGGCGUCCGUAG